UAGCAACAAGAGCAAUGUGGAAAUAGAGGUGGAGGAAAAGAAGACAAUUGAAAAAGGGGGUUGCCCUUUACAUAAAAGAAACGUUUUUGAAUUAAUGAAUGGAAAUAUAUCAUUGGAGGCUUGCGUCGUAUCAGUUCUGUGGCAGCUCUACUAAACUCCGGUCACUUUUCUAGUUUUAUGGAUUUUAUUCUCCGCAUCACCUGCUGUGUUAACUCCUAGAAAAUUCCCUGGAUACUACUGAGCCUAAAAAGCAUCUAAUGCAUUUCCCUCCUGCACAUUCAAACACUCCGUGUCUGAUGCACUCAAGUCAAUUGUUAUUUUGUGAUGGCACUGCAAGACCCUGGCAGGACAACAGGAUUUCCUUGCAAACAAUGUGGCCUGGUUUGCCCCAACAUGCCCAGUCUGCAGGAGCACAUGGAUUUUCACCUUCAACAAGAGGAGGAACGCAAAUUUAAAUGUGAAGAAUGUGGACGAGGUUAUAGGCAUGCUGGUAGUCUAGCUAACCAUAAAAAGACUCAUGAGGUUGGCUGUUUUCAGUGUGACAUAUGUGGUAAGGAAAACUCUAAUGCUUUGGCCCUGAAAAGUCAUCUACGGAGCCACACAUCACCCAAAAAAUACACCUGUGCAGAAUGCGGGAAAGCAUUUCGUCUGGCAACCCAACUUGCUACACACCAGAGGGUUCAUCUCACCAGACGAGUGAAGGAGCAGUCAUAUAGAAAAGUAGACAUGGAAUAUCCCUCACAUGAAAUAGAAAACGAUCACUCACAUCACAUCAGUGAGCAGUCACCCAGCGUGGAAAACUCUGCAGAAACCAGCCCUGUUGAGGACAAGAUGGAGGUUGUUUAUAAUGCACAAUCAGAGACCUCUGAUGAUGCAGCAAAUCGACCUUUCAAAUGUGAUUUAUGCGACAAAGCAUACAUACACCACCGAAGCCUCACCAAUCAUAAAAAGACUCACCAAGUGGGAAUGUUUGAGUGCACAGUGUGUUUUAAACUGUUUAACAACAUGGCUGCUCUCUACAGCCACCAGAGGACUCACAAGACAAGAAGCGGGUCAGACUCUGGUUCAAUAGGUGGGUCGUACAAAAGUGCACCACUGAACCAGUUUUCACCUCAGAGCCAAGAUGCUCCUGUAAAUUUCUGCCAUUUGUGUCAGGUUCUGUUCCCAAAUGACGAGGAGUUCCAGGAACACAUACAAAUGCACAACUCUUCAUCUGUGCCAUUUGGACUUCAAGAUACUCUGUCAGAGAACCACAGUAUGUCCUACGAAACUAGUAUUGCCUCACCUGAGUCAAAUUUUUAUGCAUCUCCCUUAAACAAUGUCCCUUCAGUGUCAUCUUUAGAUAAUCAAGGAUGCUUUGAUCAGCCACAGGAGCAUAUUACAAGUAAUGGUCAUAUGUACUCAGACUGCUCCAACAAUCAAAUACCAUCUUCCAAUAGCACUCAGGGAGAACCUCCAGUUUUAGACCAUUCUGCCCUGACGUACACACAAAACACAGACAAUGCAACCGAAAUGGACGAGACUUCAACUGUAGAUUCUGCUGAGCGUCCCUUCAAGUGUCAAGUCUGCGGUAAAAGCUACCGGCACUCUGGGAGCCUCAUCAACCACAGAAGGUCACAUCAGGUUGGGAUUUAUCAGUGUUCCAUUUGCAGGAAGAAUUAUCCUCACCUGGCUGCCCUCAAGAGCCACCUCCGCCUCCACAAAGCACAGCCGUCGUCUUUUAGCCUCCACACAGAGGGAGACUGGCUCUCCUCAGAGCCCCUGACUCUGGAUAACCAGCAAAGCUACUUCUCUCAAGAUGAGGUGGAAGAGGAGGAGGAGGAGGGGACUCACCCUGCGCUGGGCAUGGGUCAGGAGAACGGAGACGACCACAGCAACAGAGCUUUGUUUCAUGAGCAGUUUAAUCAGGACUUUUCCCAGGAUAUAACAGCGCAUCUACCUCACAGUGAACCCCUGAUGCAGCGGCACAUGUGCGCAGACUGCGGUGAGACGUUUGCAGAUAUUGCAGGAAUUAAGUCCCACAGUUGCCCUUUGCUGCAGCAGCAGCAUGACACCACUAGUAGCGAUUAUGACAGCAGUCUAAAUUUCCAGGACAGUAACGGUCACUGUGCUGUUAAGAAUCCAGCAAGUAAUGUAGAGUUUCAUGGUUUGAAUGGAAGCCAGAACCAAAGUUAUUUUGAACAGAAUUUCCAGGAAAACAUGAGCAGUGAUCAGCUGAGUGGUGGUGGUGGAGAUGGUGAAAAUGCUGACGAGGAGGAGGAGGAGGAAGAUGAUGAUGGAGAUCUUUAUCAGUGCUCUAUAUGUGGAAAUAGCUACACCAGCAUGAGGGCUCUCAGGAGCCAUCUGCGCGGUCACACACAGUCUCAUGGUACUCCUGCAAGCUCAGGACCUUCGUCCAUGUCCUCCCAUGAAGAGGUGAAAGAGGAAGAGCCUGGAGAGAUGAUGAUCUGUAGCACAUGCGGAGAAAGUUUUGCCAACAGGCAGGACCUAAUAAGUCAUCAGCUUCUACACAACAAGGACCAGGUGGCUAAUGUCGACCAUUUACAAAAUCAUUUUCAGAUGAACCACAGUGACGUGUCUGUCGGCACGGAGGAAGUGCAGAGUAUCAUCUGUGGCAGUUGUGGCAUUUUCUGCACCAGUUACCACCAUCUUGAAAACCAUGGCUGCACAGCUGAGAGGAAGGAUGAGUCGACACACGCUAAAGAGGAAACGAAAGUGAAUGAUGUUCCCCAGCGUGCAGAGACCAACUCCCUCAAAGGAACUGUUGUUGACAGAGAACGACGUCAGUACAAGUGUGAUCAGUGUGGCCGUUCAUACAGACACGCAGGCUCCCUCCUUAACCACAAAAAGUCCCACAAAACAGGUGUUUUCAGAUGCCUUGUCUGUCAGAAGCGCUUCUACAACUUGUUGGCCCUUAAGAACCACCAGAGGUCACACUUUGAUAUUAAGAGACACACUUGCCAGGAGUGUGGGAAAGCCUUCAAAAUCCAGAAGCAGCUAUUGAAUCACCUGAGGAGGCACAGAGAGAACCAGGCCAAAAUCCAGGAACUCAACAACCAGAUCCAGGCCCUCAUGCAGAUGAACGGGACCAUGUCCUAUGGAGGAAUGCAGCCCCUUACUUCAAAUGCCAGUCAGGCUUUUACCUCUCCUCGACGCUGCAGGCAAGCAUCAGAGGCAAAGACCGGACAAAUGAAGUUGGAGGCAUCAGUGAAAUCAGAGGACACGGCGGGUGAUGGACGGCCCUUUGCCUGUGACCAGUGUGGGCGUACGUAUCGCCAUGCAGGAAGUCUGGUAAACCACAAAAACUCUCAUAAAACAGGGGAAUAUUACUGCUCUGUUUGUAACAACACAUACUCUAAUCAACUGGCAAUGAAGAACCACUUGCGUACCCACUUUGCAUCUAAAAAGCAUUCUUGCCAAAACUGUGGAAGAGGUUUUAGGGGAAAGAAGCAGCUAUUAGCCCAUGUUUGUGCAGAACUCAGAAAGGAUGGGGUUGGAGGAAGGAGGAGCCUGAAACCUAGAGCUUUUAGGUGUAAGGAAUGUAAGCAGGUCUUUCUUUCUGCGAACCAGCUGACAGCCCACAUCUGUAACGGACUUUCAGGCAGCAGUGAUGCACAAACAAAUCCAUCUUCCAAUAAAGAGGAGCGGCCUUUCACAUGCAACAUAUGUAACCGCAGCUACCGCCACGCGGGCUCACUCCUGAACCACAAAAACACCCACAAGACAGGACACUUCAGCUGCACCAUCUGCUCCAAGCCCUUCACUAACCCCAUGGCUCUGCGCAAUCACACACGCAUCCACACGCAGAAGAAAAAGUAUGUGUGUCUGACAUGCGGAAAGGCCUUCCGCCUCGCUAGUAUCCUGCACAACCACCAGAGGGUCCACAACCGGGCAACAAGUCACUUCAGCUGUCCUGCAUGUGGAAAGAGCUUCCAGGGCAGGUCUGGUCUCAAGAGGCACCGCUGCCGCAGAGGUCAGGAGAACUCGGUGAGAGCCGGAGUCCAGCAGGCAGAGAAAGGAGACAAGUGCUUCAUGUGCGACCUCUGUGGGCGCUCCUACCGCCAUGCUGGAUCCCUCCUCAACCAUAAAAAGACACACUCGGAGAACCUCCACCACUGCACCUUGUGUCUCCAAACAUUUCCUGAUCCUCUCACUCUGCAGAUUCACUCCCAGAUGAGGCGUCACUGCUGCCCCGAAUGCGGUAAGACUUUCUGUCUAGUCUCACAUCUGCAGAGCCACAUGGAUGUGCACUCAAAGGAGCAGUCAUUGGUCUGCAGCCUCUGCCAGCAGACAUUUCCUGACCCAGCCAGCUACCAGCAGCACCAGGACCUGCACCACGGGGCUCAGGAUCCCUAUCAACAAGGUGUGGGUGAACCUGCCGAUAACAACAUCUCCUGGGACUCUGGAAUAACUCAGAGCAUUGGCCUGGAGGGGAUGCACAGGCAGGUUCCACCACCGUUGUCCCAUAUUCCAGAAAGCAUUGUUAGUUUACAAAUGAGUCACGACUCUUCUGGCGCAGAAGAAAAGAGCCACGUCUGCGAGCACUGCGGCCGCACUUAUCGCCAUGCUGGCUCCCUCCUCAACCACAAGAAUAGCCACAAGACGGGCUCCUUCUCAUGCUCCGUCUGCCAGAAAGAGUUCUCCAACCUGAUGGCUCUCAAGAACCACAAGCGAAUUCACACAGAGCCAAAACGCUACCAGUGUCUGGAGUGCGGGAAGGCGUUCCGUGUGUCCACUCAGCUCAUUUGCCAUCGAAGGAUCCAUACCAAAGAGAAGCCUUUCGCCUGUCUGCUGUGCGACAAGAGCUUUUCCAGCAAAUCCAACCUGCGGCACCAUCAGAAGAUGCACCAGAACACCCAGACCUACGACUCCUCUUUUAGCAUGGAUCCUAACACUUUUAUGGACUUAGACAUGGGGUCUUUCAUUUGAACUAGACUGUUUAAGAAAAGAGGGCGUGUGAUCCUCUAAUUGAUCUGUUAUUUAUCUCUCUAUCAAUAAUUGUAAAACAGUAUUUUUCUUUCAGAAAGUGCUCCUUGGUCCUGACAGAAGCUCCUUUGAAGACAUUUCGUAACAGACUUCUAACCUUACCUCCACAACAGACAGCGUUAUGUCUGAAACUCUCCAGAGCGUUUAUCGGUCAGUGUUCAAUAAGACCUGAAUGUUUCACACAAUCAUAGAAAAGACAGCGUGCCAUCACAGCAUGUGUCGCUGCUCAAUCCUCAAUGACAAACCAACCAAAGUGAACAGAAAGGUGCAGCCCAGGUCCAUCUAAGAACAAUAACAGUGAUUUUUGUACAACAGUACUGUUCUAACGAUAAUCCCUCCUCUCUUGGUGUGUAUAAAUGUAUUCAGUGCCUCUGAAAGUUCCUUAGGAAACAAAAAACACAAACUAUAUUUAUCUCUCAAUCCUUUUCUUAGCUUUGCUGUCAGUUCCGGAGGACUACUCACUUUCCUUUGUGGUAACUUAUAGGGCAAGCCUGUUAUUAAUAUGUCAAAUACCUCUGGGUGUGUCCAAAGGUCAGGGGACAAAGAAGUGUUAAACUGAAAUCAUAUUAUCAAGUAAAUAGUUGUACUGCUAAUAAUAUUCACGUUGAGUGACACUGUAUGCUAAAAAUGGAUGUAUUUAUUAAUUUAUUCCUGUUAUUUUAUGUGUAUAUUUUAUUAGAAAAGUUUUUAUGAAUGUUGUACAAACCGUCUUCUAAAACUCAUGUAGCCUUUGAGGAGCUUCAUCUCUGGAUUUCUAUCUUCUCGGUUGAAACAGGCGGGAGAGAACAUGGCGAGUAUUGUCUGCAGCGCUCAGGGCAAACCUUCAGAAGGAACAAACCUGAUGUGUGAAACUUUGUGUCGAUUAUCAGUUUACAAACUGAACAGAGCAUUUAUUUUUUACAUGUGCCAUUUUUACUUCUCUUCAGAGUCCCUCCAUUAUUGAGUUGCAGCUUCAUGUGCAGUGCAUGCUGUUGAGUUACCUGAAUCUUUAUGGAGCAGCAUCAGUUCUGUUGAAGUGCCAGUGCCUAAAAUGUAAAUCAGUUGUAGCAGUUUUUUGAACAAACCUACUCUUCCUGUUCUUGCUAUAAACUCAUAAGAUGUUUUUAAUUCAUUCUCUGAUUUAAGAAUCUCCUCACCCCCCUAACUGUUACAACUGUCUUCUUUGCAUCAUUAAGGUGAAACCAGGGGCCUCAUGUACAAAGACUUGCGUGGAUUUCCUAUUGAAACAUGGCAUAUGCUGAAAUCCAGAAAACGUUGUACGCACAAAAAUAUCCAGAUGUAUGAAUCUGUGCGCAAGGAUCAACAGCUGUAGAAACGUGCGUACGCCCGCCAUGAAGUUGGUGUGAGGCACCGCACAUUUCCACGGUCAUUUCACUCUUGAUACAUCUGAACUUUGCUGUGAAAAAGAGCGUACGCCACGUUUUUGUGCGUACGCACCCUUUGUACAUGAGGCCCCAGUUCCUUUUUUUUCUCCUGUUAUCUUCCAUCAUUAAUGCUUCAUAUUAAUCCAAUAGAACUUAUACACAACCUCAAUUUGGCCAAGCACAACAAUGACUCCAACACAUUAGAGCUUGAACCGAUCGUCUCUGUCCUGUUCAUGAACCACGUAUUUUCUGUUUUUAAAAAAUGUGCAAUUUUUGAUUGUCAGGGUUGUUUUAUUUAUAACUCUUCCAAGUUGUCUAAUGUGCCUGUUGUUCCCUGAUGUGGUUUAUUUUCUCAAAUCAUCUAGCAAAGUGAAAACAUGGCCUUUGUUUUUUUUCUUCUUCUUUAUGCCUUACACAUCAGAUUUCAUGUGUGAAUAGGUUUGGCACUGGUCAGAAGUAUGAUAUACCUCAUGGAAAGCCCUGCCUACUUAGCAACUGCUACUUAAUGCCUCAUGCAGCUUAAUUGUAGAAAACACACUGAAACAAUGGAAACUCAAAUAGAUAUCAACUGUAAGACCGAUAGAUUGGAUAAUGCAUUGGUUUGUAGUUUGCAGAAAGUUUCCUCCUAACUGGAACAUUUCUCUGCUGUUUUUUAGGAGUUCUAUUUGCACAUGUGUAGACGAAACACUUGUAGCCUAAGGAGGACAGAAAGUCGUCUGUUUGAUAGUUUACCUCAGCUAGUUUGUGGGUAGUUAUAUUUAAGCAAUAUGCAGAAAGAAUUAUGUUGGAGGAUAAAAUGGGUUCAUCUCAUUUGUUUUGUCUUACUACUGUUUGAAUCCAGCGGCAUCCGGGUAAAUGUGCCGGCGCUAGCCUUGAAAAUACAUGACAACUUGCCUUUUCUUUUUAAAUUGUAUCUGUAUGAUUUUUAAAAGGUUGGCGUCUCUAUACUGUUCCAUAUUUCCUCAUGCCGUGGUAGCCUUUAUGUAAAACAAUACAUGCAUACUCGUAGUUAAACUACUUUUGUUUGUUUUUUUACAUCAAACUUCCCGUGGCACUUAAUAUGUUCACUCCUCUGUCAUCUGUCACAACCGCAGCCUGCUGUUUGUGUUAAUCUCAGAGCUCUUUCUGUAAAUACUAGAAUGAAAAUAUAAUUUGGAUAUCUGUAUGUUCAUAGCAAGGUUCUCUGCAGGGGGAGAAAACUGCUAGAUUAGCUAUUGUGUAAUAAAAAGAAAUCAUAUACGA